GGGAAGGAAGCCGGGGAAGCUGGAAAGGAUGUCGCGGGGCGACCGGGAGGCCAACCCCUGUAAGAUGGAGAGCAGUAGAAGCGACUUCCUGCAGAUUCACUCACCUCACUCACCAUGUGCUCUCUCUGAUGUGGUGUUGCUUUGCUGUGCCCGCUUGGCUCUGUUGUUGCCAACAGACAAGGUGUACAUCGGCGGCUUGCCCUCGUAAGCGACACAGACAGGCAGAUGAGAUGCAGCCAGAGACGCUACCUGAUCUGGGGAGACCAGAGGACAGGAGACUCUCUCGGGGUGCCAAUGAGGCUUUUCACGAGGAGACUCAUUCGUAUGUGGCUUGGCUGGCCAUUCACUCGGGAGAGAGGGCUCUUAGGCUGUGGUCGCUUGCUUCUGGCGCAAUGGAGCGAGGCGAGAGAGCGAGCUGCCGUAGUCUGGGCUGUGGACGCUUCUUCUUUCUUCUGGCUUCUGUUGUGGCUGGCUUGGCUUGGCUUUGUGGCUGCACAACACACUGUGGAUGUGGAUGUGGAUGAUAAUGGGACAUUAGCGGUUUUUGGGCAUUGGAUUAUAUGAUGGGAAUGCAUGCGUGGCCUUGUGGUGGUGGUGGCGGUCGAUAGGCCGGAAGUAGGGGCUUUGUCGCAUCAAUCACACAGCAUAUAUCGGAGCAUCUGCCAGUCACACCUCUUAUGUGUGUCUCUCUCCUCUCUCUCUCUCUCUGUGUGUGUGUGUGUGUGUGUGUCAGGGAUGCGACUGAGGAUGAGAUCCGCCGCGGGUUCCGCAAGUACGGCCGCAUUGUCGAAGUGCAGCCCAGGGGCAGGUGAGCCGAGGCGGGCGAGACUCACUCAAGGCCCACACCCAACUCACUCACUCAUGCGUCUUGUGUUGUCGUCUGUUGUGCGUUCGUUGUCGUGACCGUGUCGGUCAUCGACUCGACAGGUUUGCGUUUGUCGAGUAUCAGCAUCUGCGCGACGCCGAGGACGCCAUGAAGGACAUGGACGGGAUCGAAUUCCUAGGCGGACGGGUGAGGACAUCAGACCAGAGCAACACCGUCCCGUAGUGAAUGCACGCACGCGUGUGUGGUCCGGUAUGGUCCGCCCUCACGUUGUUGCGCUGCGCUGCAUGUGAUGUGCUCAGAUCUCCGUCCGCCCUCACGGCAUGGGUCGCAAUCGAGACCUCGGGCCGCCUCGCAACCGGUAGGCCGGCAUGCACAAACCACGCAGCCCGUUGAUUGAGCCACCCACAUUCUGCUGCUGUCUGUGGUUCCCCCCAAUGCGUUGGGUAUUUGAGUGUCAGCGGCCCUCCCGUGGAUCAGAUCGUGCCGCCGCCGCCCAAGUCACAGGUGCCGGCGCCCACGGGAUACGACGGACGCACCGACUGGAGAGUGGUACGUGCACGUGGUUUCUGCGUCUCUCGAGUGAACCACACUCCAGAGACAGACAGACAGACAGACGAGAAAGGAAGGGUGGGUGGAUCGAUGUGAGUCUUGUUGUGUUCAGAUUGUCGAGGGACUGGACGAGCGUGUGUCGUGGCAAGACCUCAAGGAUUUCGGACGCAACGGUGACAAACACACCACCCCUGCCCACACACAGGCAGGCAGGCAGGCAGGCACACCGACACACUGCACUGCGUGUGUGCAGUGGCUGACGUCAACUACGCCAACGUCUUCACCCGUGACGGGCGAAAAGUCGGGUAAGACAAACAAGCCAUACACACACACACGCACUCAUUGUCAGACCCGAGCUGUCGUGCGUGUGUGUGUGUCAGAGUGAUCGAGUACUUCACCUUCCGCGACAUGCAGGCCGCCAUCAAGGAGCUCAACGGAAAGUGAGCAGAGCAACCUAAGCUGACCUGACCUAGCCCAAUGGGCACAGCACAGGCAGACAGAACAGACAGGUGCACCAAUGUCGUUUAUCCCUCGUGUGUGGCAUAUGUGUGUGUGUGCGCGUGUGUGCAGGAAGCUGUACGAGCGCGAGGUCGAGAUUGAGGAGGAUCGCGGCCAAUACGAAGUGUACGCAGCGCCACCACAUCACAUCAUCACACACAAAGCUUUGACAAGAAACAAAGAAAGCUCCCUUCGCCAUUGAAUGACGGGCUCGUGUCAACCCAUGCAUGUCUGCAUUCAGGGGGCGUAAGGGCAGCGGCGGCGGGGGCGGUGGCAGUGGUGGCGGCGGCCGGGAUUCGGGCAGGUGAGCACUCACAUCCAUCCACCGAUCCAUCCAUCCGUUGUGGCUAUGUGUUGGUGUGUGUGGUGUGUGUGUGUGUGUGUGUGCUUGCAGGUUCGGUGGCGGGAGUGGUGGUGGCGGUAGUGGCCGCAGCUACCGUGACCGCAGCCGCUCGCGAGAGCGCGACCGAGACCCGCGAGACGACUACAACAGAGAUGGUCUGUACAGGGCGAAGUGAAGAGAAGCACCACAGACAGACAGACAGACAGACAGAGAGAUCUCUUUUCAGCAAACACCUGCAUGUGUGUGGUGUGUUGUGGUGUGUCAUGGUGUGUUGUGGUCAGAUUACAUGCGCGAGAAGGACCGUUACGAGGAGCGCUACUAUGACGACCGCGACCGCGACAGGGAGCGCGAGACGCGGGACGUGCGCAACGGUGACUAUGACCGAUACGACGAGCGGGACAGGUACGACGACAGAGGGGACCGCCGCCGCGGCAGCUACCGUGACGAGGAGCGAGACCUGGAGAGGGAGGUCGACAGGGACCUCGGCAACUGACUCACUGACUGACGGACAGACGGAGCUAGGGGAAUCAAUCAGUCGAUGGAUAGAUGGAUAGAUCGACGGGAGGAUGGGAUGGGUGGAUGGAUGGAUAAUGGGCGGUGCGGUGCAUGUGGUGUGGCGGACAGCCGUGGCCGCCGGGUUGUGUUGUGGCGUGUGCGUGGCUUCUCUGUCUGUUUGAAGAUGGCUGUCUGCCUGUCUGCCUGCCUGCCUGUGAGUGGGACUGUUGAAUUGAGGAGUGUCUGUCUGUCUGUCUGUCUGUCUGUGCGUGGCCUUAUCGGCGGCAGGGCGGGGAGGGAGGGAGGGAUCCCUGGGUGAGUGUGAUGGAGUCUUGUGGAGCGGGUGUGGAUGAAUUGAAUGCGAGAGAGAGACCAUAUCAUGGAUAAGGGUUGUUCGUGCUGACGGACCAUCAGUCAAUUCACUU